AAAUUGACAAAAUAUGACAUUUAAAUUUAAACUGACACUGUCAAAAUUCAAAACACGUGGUCACAAAGGUAUUUAUAAAGUUUAAUUAAAACAAAAACUCUGAAUUAAAAGUAUCGUGCAGGCGGUAAAACUGAAACAGCAUGUAUUCACAAAAACAAGCUGUGAAAAAUUACAUAAAUAACUCUUUAAAAGUCAUUAAAAUGUACGAGUGGCUGUUAGAUCUAUAUGUUUUGGACUUUUUUGUAGACAACCAUUGGGAAAAGUUACCUUCAUCAUGGCAAGAAAACUUUGACAACUUGGAUCCGCAAGAAUUAGGAAAAAUUCUGUCUGGAAAGCCAUCAAAUCAUGUAUUUCCUCUAUCGUUUCUCGCUUUAAUAAAUUCAGUAAAGGCUUUCAACAUACCUAGAAAUAGUAACUACAAAAUAACACCAGACAGUGAAUGUACUAACACAGAUACAUGUAAAAGUCAUCCAAGGCUAAAAAAUCUAUUUUUGAAACAUGUAAAAUUAAAAAAAAGACAUGAGAUAAGCUUAAUGGCAGAUGUAGUUACAAAUAUUGCGAAAGAAACAGAUUGUAAUGCUGUGAUAGAUUUUGGAUCUGGUGUAGGACAUCUGGUGCGGAUGCUUGCUUAUAAACAUGAUGUAUAUGCAGCUGGGAUUGAGAGCCAGGGCAUGCUGACCGAAGAGGCUAGAAAACUUGAUUUAGAAUUGGAAUAUACAGCCAGCAAGCAUCUUUCGAAAGAAGCAGUUAUGAAACUGAUCCGUCCAACACAUUUUAAUGUUACCCUGUCAUGCCACGACCAGUUAUGUCACUUACCCCUUGCCAGCACAAUGGAAAACUAUGGACUUAUUGGUCUACACCCGUGUGGAGACUUAGGUCCUCUGUUGCUAAGGCAUUUUACUGCUUAUGAACAUGUCAAGUUUAUUUGUCUAGUUGGUUGUUGUUUUAUGAAGUUGACAUGUGAAGGAGAAAACUGUGGGUAUCCAAUGAGUGAGUAUGUCAGGGGAAUGGACCAUGGCCUUUCCUAUGUAAGCCGAGAGAUAGCUUGUCAUGCUAUUGAGGUAUAUGCUGAAAGGCUGAUGAAAGGCAAUUAUGAAGAUCUCAAGGUUCAUGCAUACAGGGCCGCACUUGAGAGAAUCCUUGUUACAUAUGACCCACAACUAAAACAUUCUCCUGUCAGGAGCGUCAAGCACUCAGACACAAUGACUUUUGAGAAGUACUGCACAUUAGCUGUUGAGAAAUUAAACAUGCCAAUGUUGUUUACACCUGAGGCUCUGUCUUGCGGCGCCUCUGACCUGGAGCAGUGGCGUCGAGUGGUCACGGUGUACACACUACGGCUAGCUGUCGCGCCGUUAGUCGAGACAUUGAUAUUACUUGACAGGGUCCUGUAUGUUUUAGAACAAGGUCUGUCUUGUGAAAUUCGUCCGGUGUUUGACCCAAAAUUGUCGCCAAGAAAUCAUAUUAUUAUAGCGAGAAGAUGAUUGUGGCUAAAUGUGCUGUGCUUUGUAAAUAAUGCAUUUGGUGAUCCUUAAUAAAUUAUUUUCAUACUAUAA